UUGAUCGCCUGCGGGCCCAAGCACGCGCUCGUCGUCGUCGCCGACGGCGGCGUCUUCACCUGGGGCGCCGGCGCCCACGGGCGCCUCGGCCACGGCGACGGCGUGAGCCGCGUGGCGCCGACGCGCGUCGCCUUCUUCCCGCGGCGCGACGCGACGGUGCGCCACGUCGCCUGCGGCCUCCACCACACGCUCGCCGUCGCCUGGGAGCCCAAGGCGGGCGCGUACGACGCGCCGGGCGACGCGAUCGCGCUCACGGCGCGGCUCUACGCCUGGGGCUUCGGCGACGGCGGCCGCCUGGGCACGGGCGAGGUCUCGGGCGCCUGCCGCUUCCCCGCGCGCGUGCUCCUGCCCGUCGAGUACGGCUACGACGCGGCCGACGACGCGCCGCGGCCCCACGUCGUCGCGGCCGCCGCGGGCGACCAGCACUCGCUCGCGCUGCUCACGGACGGCCGCGUCUUCGCCUGGGGCAGCAACGCCUUCGGCCAGCUCGGCCUCGGCCGCGCGUCCGCGCAGGCCGUGCCCCUGCCCGAGCGCGUCGGCGGCGCGGGACGGCGCGGCAAGGUCGUCAAGAUCGCCGCGGGCGCGCGCCACUCCGGCUGCGUCUCCGAGGACGGCGCGGUGCUCCUCUGGGGCUUCGGGGACGAGGGCCAGCUCGGCGCGGGG